AUGGGUAAACUGAUCCCAGCUCAAGAAGCGGCCAGGAUCUACCACACCAACUAUGUGAGAAACGCCAGAGCCAUCGGAGUGCUGUGGAUCAUCUUAACCAUCUGCUUUGCCAUCAUCACCAUGGUGGUGUUCAUCCAGCCCUACUGGAUCGGGGACAGUGUGGACACACCACAGUCCGGAUACUUCGGGCUUUUCCACUACUGCAUCGGAAACCCCAUCACAGGAGAGCUGGUGUGUAAAGGAAGCGCUCUGGACUUCGGAUCCAUUCCCUCUGGAGCCUUUAAAACGGCCAUGUUCUUCGUGGGGAUUUCAUUCCUGCUGGUUGUGGGCACCAUCGGCUGCUUCAGUCUCUUCUUCUUCUGUAACGCAGGCAGUGUGUAUAAGAUCUGUGCGUGGAUGCAGCUCGCCGCCGCCACCUGUAUGGCCAUCGGCUGUAUGAUAUACCCAGACGGAUGGGACUCGGAGGAGGUGAAGCGCAUGUGUGGCCAGCGCACAGAUAAGUACACGCUGGGGAACUGCACAGUGCGCUGGGCUUUCAUCCUGGCCAUCAUCAGCAUCACGGAUGCCCUUGGUCUCUCCUUCCUGGCCUUUGUACUGGGCAACCGACAGGACAAACUGCUACCCGAGGACUUCCAGGUGGACGAGAACACAGAAGAUGCAUGAAGCCUCGGAUCUCCUCGUCUAUUUAUGGAACCGCGUCAGCCAAAACAUCUUUGACCAUUUUUCAUCGAUGGAUUUUCUUCAACUGUUGUUAAAGGGAAGACUUUUAAUAUUAAA